AUAUAAGCAUUAUUUAAGGCAGGUUGAAAGAAUAUUUGUUGCGAUAAUAAAGAAAGCAAAUGAAGACAAUGAUAUCUCUUUUACUAAGAAGGCAUCAAUACACUGGUCACUAGUGUUUAACCACAUUAGACAUUAUUUGGAAAAAACAAUAAAGCAUAGUAAACGUAAAAGUUUGAGACAUUUAGAGUCCGAUGAAAUAUAUAUAUCUCACUUAAAAUCCAAACUAUCCAUUUUGUUGAGUAACCUUGACAAGUACAACAAUAACAAACUAAAUGCUAAUGCUAAUGAUGCAUUAAGUUCUUCAAAUUUAGUGCAAUGCAAUGAGCCAUCACAAAAUCUCCUAUGUAGCCCUUCUGAAAUACUUAGAUCAGGCCAAGCAUCAAGUUCCAAUGUUGUAGGGUUGUUGGAACCAAGUUCUUUAGGGUCUAUUGUUGGUGAGGUUUAUAGCAGAGAUCAAACUUUGCCAACAUCAAUGGAAGACAUUAACAAUGUUGAAAAUAUUAUGGGAGGAAACUUAUUUCAACCCCGGCAACACCACCAGAUUUAUAAUCAAGGAUAUCAUCAAACUUUUGCAACUAUGGACAAUAAUUUUGCUUCUCAAGGAACAUUUGAUGGGUUCCAUUUCAAAGAAAUUGAUGAUCCUUUCUCAAUGGAAGACAUUCUUAACAACUUCCACAUGCAGCAUGAAGAACCAGUCAAUUCAGAUAGCCAUGCUAAUUUGAACCAAAGUCAUGAUUACGUUCCGCUAUUUGACCCACUCCUUAAUGAGACAAGUUUGGAAGAAGACUUUGCUACCAUAGAAUCCAUUUUGGAUGAUUUGGCGUAAAUGAACUGAGGCUUCAAAAGAGCUUUAUAUGAUAGGAUUGGAGCAGUCGUUUUAACUUGAUGCAAAUUACAUAUGAUGUUUUGCAAAUAAAUAACUUAUUGAAACUUGACCCUUUUCGGUUUCAUGUUCCUAUGUAAAAUGGUUACUUUUGUUUGCAUGAAAACCCUAGUUUAAUUAUAUAU